CAAAAAAAUAAAAAUAAAAAAAUAAUUAUCUGAAAAACUUUUCAAACUUUUUUAUGAAGAUUUUUUGUGAAUUUUGAAGCAUUUUUGAAGGUUUUAAAACACCUGGACCUCGAAAUUUGGAUUUGAAACAGUUCAACGUUUCUGUCAUAGUCCAUGGAUAUACGAUGACUUUACCUAAGAUUAAUUCAGAUUUAAAAAGAAGCCCUAAAAAUGAAUCUAAAUUUUCCCGAAAAUCACUACUGGAGAAAAACGUUGUUUGUGAUUUAUGCGACGUUCGAUUCACUCAAAGAAAAGCCCUUUAUGUACAUUUACGUAAUAAACAUAAUAUCGAACCUUUGGAAAAGAAAGAAGGUAAAGUUCAAUGUCCCGAAUGUAAAAAUAUGUUUUACGAUAAAUACAACUUGAAGAGACAUUAUCGCACAGCUCACGGUGUUUCACCUACACGUGAUGGGAGUAAAAUAAUUUUAAGAGGACGCAUUGUAAAUACGAAUCGAAAACCAAAAUUCAUACAAAGCAUCGAAGAUAAUUAUACAUCAGUAGAUAAACAUGCUGCGGAUGUUCAUUUGUCCCCAGACGAGACUCACUUCACGACCAACCCCAUCGAAGUAUUCAUUUGUGAUUCAUGUAAAAGCAGGUUCACGUCGAAGCCAGAUUUGAUACAACACAUAAAUAACGUUCAUACCGAAUUCAAAAAUCUUCGGUGUGUCGAAUGUCGCGAAAAUUUCUCGGAUAAAGAAUCGUUAUUACUACACACCCAUCCGAUAGAAAAUUAUAAUACUUUAGAAAAAAUUCUCCCAGAAGCUUACAAAUAUGAAGUAGAUAAACAUGUCCAGAUUAACGACGCGUCCUUCGUAUCCGAAAUUUACUGCAAUCUGAGUAGCAGAGAAAAUUCUGAGCAGUGGCUCGAUAAAUUCCAACGAAAAAAUAAAGUCACUUUUAGAAACAUGCGCCGACAGUGUCGAUCUUUCGAUCAGUCUUACGUCGUCUUUAUUGACAGGUAUCGCUGUCAACAUAAUACAUUGCCGAAACGGCGAAGUACUCCACAUGCUAAACACACCGGAUGUUCGGCUACAUUAUUUAUUAGAGUUUAUCAAAACAAACAUAUUCCUCAACUGAGCUGGUCGCGAAUACGAAUCAAACAUACGCACAAUCAUCGCACAGAAGCUGCUGCCAAAUUCCGCGAUCCCGUUGAAGAAGUAGUUAAUAAAUUCCGCCUCAUGUUCGAGGCUGGAAAAGGUCCUAAAGCGGCAUUAAACGAGCAUAUACGCGAUUUACAAUUAUCAUACGGAGAUGAUGUAAUUUCCGAUAGAGGUCUUUGUCCGACCAGCCGGUGGGUGUACAAUUUCUACCAGAAGUUGACCAAACAACGAUUCGAAUUACCUGUGAAAAAGAAAUCAAAACCUUUGAAUUCGGAAAUAGCUAAUCAAAUAUCUUGUGAGCCGUAUCCAGGCACUGUUUCGUCUGCACAUUUAACGUAUGUUAAACCCAGCAACGGGAACCCUUCAGAUAUUUCGAGUGCAAAAGAUACCUUUGAUAAUUCAGAUAAUUUGCUUGUAUCAUCUUUAAAUCUAGUCUCGUCUUUGAAUAAGUAUCCUAUCAGCCACCCUAGUAUCUGUGAUGACCGAAUUAACGAUCAGUAUCCAAGAUUCGAGUACCAUUCCAGUAUGACUGACAUGAUUCCAGCGAGUGAUCUGAUGGAACAAGAGCAUCAUCGAAUGAACUCUGGUCUAGUGGAGAGCACCUAUCUAAAAUCACCAAAUCAUGUCGACAUUAGUAAACGAAUAUUGCACGACUUCGAACAAGUUAUUAGUCAAAUUCGUUCUCGAGUUUCAACGAAUCCGGUAUACUUUUUAAACGCAAUGAAAAAUUUCAUACAAACGUAUAAUUCAACGUUACACACGCAAAGUUCAUUGAAUUCGGCGCUGUACUCUUUCGGUAAAUAUUCUGAAUUUCAAAUGAAUGAAUUAUGAAACCGUAAUCGUGACUGAUUUUUUUUCAAUUUUAGUUGGAUGUUUGAAUUGUUACCAAAUUUAAUUUAUUACAUGUAUUUUCUUUUUUUUGUUUUGCAUUUUUUAUUAUACAUACAUACAUUUUGUCGCUA